UCAGAAGCUGUUAGGUGCCUCCCCUUCACCAUUGCAGUCCCGGAAAUGGGAUAGGUUGGCUACGUAUAUUUCCGGUGGAGACCCCGGAGCCGCGGGAGGUGUGGAUUCUUCCUUCCAGUUUGCUCCGGGAAGAUGUUCUACCACAUCUCCUUGGAGCACGAAAUCCUGCUGCACCCGCGCUACUUUGGCCCCAACUUGCUCAACACGGUGAAGCAGAAACUCUUCACCGAGGUGGAGGGGACCUGCACGGGGAAGUAUGGCUUUGUAAUUGCUGUCACCACCAUUGACAAUAUUGGUGCUGGUGUGAUCCAGCCAGGCCGAGGCUUUGUCCUUUAUCCAGUUAAGUACAAGGCCAUUGUUUUCCGGCCCUUUAAAGGAGAAGUUGUGGAUGCUGUUGUCACUCAGGUUAACAAGGUUGGACUCUUCACAGAAAUUGGACCCAUGUCUUGCUUCAUCUCCCGACAUUCCAUUCCAUCAGAAAUGGAGUUUGAUCCUAAUUCCAACCCACCAUGUUACAAGACAGUGGAUGAGGACAUUGUGAUUCAGCAGGAUGAUGAGAUCCGCUUGAAAAUUGUGGGGACCCGUGUGGAUAAGAAUGACAUUUUUGCUAUUGGCUCCCUGAUGGACGAUUACUUGGGACUUGUGAGCUGAGCAUGGGAGCUUCCUCCUUUUGGUCCUGAUCUAGGAAGUUGAUUGUUACAUUUACCGUGUUGUCCAGAGGCCUAGUCCAGCGGCUGUUGGAAAGGCAAGGAAGGUACCUUGUCUCAGAAGAAACCUGACACUUUUGGCUUAGCUGCUGUUCUUGGUUUUUUGAUUUAUGUGUUCUCACCAUAAAGUAUUCUUAGUUCUCA